GAGACUUCUUUAAAAAACAUUAAAAAUGUUACUGUUCAAAAACUUUUGACUGGUGGUGUAUAAAGAGCUGUUCCAUAAUUUAGUUACAAAUUGUGACAAAAUAAAAACUGGCAGUGGAGAUUUGAUACACAGCAUGUUAUGGCUUGUAAACUGUGAUUUUCAUGUGUAUCAUCUUGAGAGAUCAUCAUCAUUUGCUGUUGGUUUGGUGGUCUGUAGUUAAAUGUGAAUCUGAUCGUGACUUUGAUGAAUCUUCAAAGCGUUUCAGCUCACGAUCGCUCCUGGCGACAGGAGUCUGUCUCAGAGACUCGUGGGUAUUUGUGAUAAUCUUGUCAAGGCCGAGAGCAUCUGCGGCUUUAUCUUCUUGGCAGCUGUGAUAUCAGAGCGGUACGAGCUGUUCUUCACACACACACACACACACACACAGUGACUCACUGACAUUAACACACACACGGAUCUUCACACUCGCAGCUCUCAUGUGUAUCUGAGGACGUUAAGUUGUUUAGCACAUUUGAGUGAAAAUGAUCAUUAGCGAUUAAACUAUAAAGUUCAGGACAAGCGUAUUAUGAGCUGUGAGCGAACGUGUUGGAAACCAUGUUACAGAGGAGUUCUGGGAAGGUGACGGCGGGCGGCGGUAAGGAGAGCAGCGGCAGUGCGACGCCCGUGAUUCCAGAGAGGAUGUUAUUGUGUCAUUGUUAUCAUCACUGUCCUGAAGACUCCAGCAACAACACCUGCAGGACUGAUGGUUACUGCUUCACUAUGGUGGAGGAAGAGGAGGGCGGCUCUCCGGUGCUCACAUCUGGCUGUCUGGGGUCAGUGGGCUCAGAGUUUCAGUGCAGGGACACUGGGAACGCUCGUCUGAGGAGGAUCCUAGAAUGCUGCACGGAUCAGGAUUUCUGUAACCGAGACCUCCAUCCGACACUGCCUCCGCUCAAGAGACCCGAUCAGGACGGCAGCUACCAAUACAUGCCUCUGUUCGUCUCAGUGAGCGUCUGCUGCACCGCACUGCUCAUCAUCAUCGUAUACGUCUACUGCAGAUACAAGCGUCAGGAGAUGCGGGCGCGCUACAGCAUGGGCCUGGAGCAGGACGAGACCUUCAUUCCCGCUGGAGAAUCUCUGAAGGAUCUGAUUGAACAGUCUCAGAGCUCUGGCAGUGGAUCAGGACUCCCUCUGCUGGUGCAGCGAACCAUCGCCAAACAGAUCCAGAUGGUGAAGCAGAUCGGGAAGGGCCGUUACGGCGAGGUGUGGAUGGGCCGCUGGAGGGGCGAACGGGUCGCCGUCAAGGUCUUCUUCACCACUGAAGAGGCCAGCUGGUUCAGAGAGACUGAGAUCUACCAGACCGUCCUGAUGAGACACGAGAACAUCCUGGGUUUCAUCGCGGCGGAUAUCAAGGGCACGGGCUCGUGGACGCAACUGUAUCUGAUCACAGACUAUCACGAGAACGGCUCGCUGUACGACUACCUCAAAUCCACCACGCUGGACACCAAAGCGCUGCUGCGGCUGGCGUACUCUGCCGUCUCCGGCCUCUGCCACCUGCACACCGAGAUCUUCGGCACGCAGGGCAAACCGGCCAUCGCUCACCGAGACCUGAAGAGCAAAAACAUCCUGGUGAAGAAGAACGGCACCUGCUGCAUCGCUGACCUCGGGCUCGCCGUCAAAUUCAUCAGCGACACUAAUGAAGUGGACAUCCCGCCCAACACGCGGGUCGGUACGAAGCGCUACAUGCCUCCGGAGGUGCUGGACGAGAGCCUGAACCGCUGUCAUUUCCAGUCCUACAUCAUGGCUGACAUGUACAGCUUUGGCCUGAUCCUGUGGGAGAUGGCCAGGAGAUGCGUGUCUGGCGGGAUCGUGGAGGAGUAUCAGCUGCCGUAUCACGAUCUGGUGCCGACGGACCCGUCCUAUGAGGACAUGAGGGAGGUGGUGUGCAUCAAGAGACAGAGACCGUCGUUUGCAAACCGCUGGAGCAGUGAUGAGUGUCUGCGGCAGAUGGGCAAACUGAUGACCGAAUGCUGGGCUCACAAUCCCGCGUCACGUCUGACCGCCUUGCGGGUGAAGAAGACGCUCGCCAAGAUGUCAGAGUCUCAGGACAUCAAACUGUGACCCAUCCAUCCAUCCAUCCCGAGAGUCUGACGAGACAAAGCAGCUUUAUCCUGCUUUCUGUGAAAGUUCAUACAAGCUGCUCAUCAGACAGACAAAACAA